GCCGCCGCCUCCGUGACGCCCGCCGCGGCCGCGGAGACGGCCGUGGCGCGCUACCCGCCCAUCGUGGCUUCCAUGACGGCCGACAGCAAGGCGGCCCGGCUGCGGCGCGUGCAGCGCUGGCAGGCGUCGGCGCACGCCGCCCCGUCGGUGGACGCGAAGCUGCGCAUCCUCACCAAGAUGCAGUUCCAGAAGUACGUGGUGUACCCGCAGACGCCCGCGCUGCACGCUGACCGCUGGUACCAGGCCUUCACGAAGACGGCGUUCGUGCCGGGCUGGCCCGCGCCCGCCGCCGCCGCCCCGACGGCGCUCGACGUGGCGGCCGUGCGCGCCGCCGCCUGCGAGGGCCUGGAGCACGCGCGCUUCCUCGCGCGCCGCCUGCCGCGCCCCGAGCAGCGCGCCGCCCGCGCCUCGGCCUUCCUGCGGCUGCUCGUGCCGGCGCUGGUGGGCGCGCUCUGCCCCGCCAACGCGGCCCUGGCCCACGCCGCCCUCGAUUACAUGCGCCCCGUUCAUUUUUACUGGCUGCGUGGUGAGGAAGUUAUUCAAGCUGGUCAUCGAAAAGGUAGAAUUGAUGCUUUGCGAUACCAGAUCAAUGACAGACCACACAGCCAGCUUCGGAUACCCAAGCAGCUUCCAGAGUUUGUGCCACUGGAUUGCUCUGUGCCUGAAGAAAUCCCUGUUAUGAAAUGUAAACCAGACAAAGUUCCAUUAUUCAAACGGCAGUACGAAAACACCAUAUUUACUGGUUCAAAAACAGCAGAUCCCUGCUGUUAUGGUCACACCCAGUUUCAUGUUUUACCUCACAAAUUACAAAGGGAAAAACUUUUGCAAAGAAACUGUGCUGAGCAGAUAGAAGUUGUGAACAGAGCGAAUGCCAUCGCAAGCCUUUUCGCCUGGACCGGAGCACAGGCCAUGUAUCAAGGGUUCUGGAGCGAAGCAGAUGUUACUCGACCUUUUGUCUCCCAGGCUGUGAUCACAGACGGAAAAUACUUCUCUUUUUUCUGCUACCAGUUAAAUACUUUGGCACUGACUGUACAAGCAGAUCAAAAUAACCCCCGUAAAAAUCUAUGUUGGGGGACAGAAAGUAAGCCUCUUUAUGAGGCCGUGGAGGAUGAUGGUGUGAAAGGUUUUAAUGAUGAAGUUCUACUUCAGAUCGUACACUUCCUCCUGAACAAACCCAAAGAAGAACAGCCACCGCUGAGGGAGAUCCCUCAAGGCAUGUGACUGGCAUUUUGAGAACUUAGAAGAGCAGCCACAGCCAAGGGAGGUCCCACAGGCAUGUGAUUGGCACUGUGAGAACGUUUAAGUUUCACUGAAGUGCAAUAAAGCUUCCAUAACCGUCAGUAAUUAAA